AUGGAUCUGCCUAAAACGAUGCACGAUUUUCUUUUAGUCUUUCUGGGACCGGGUCUUCUAUUAGGAAGUUUAGGAGUAGUACUACUUACCAACCCCAUUUUUUCUGCUUUUUCGUUGGGACUGGUUCUGGUUUGUAUAUCUUUAUUAUAUAUUUUAGCAAACUCUCAUUUUGUAGCUGCAUCACAGCUACUUAUUUACGUGGGAGCUAUUAACAUUUUAAUCAUAUUUGUUGUGAUGUUCAUGAAUAGUUCUGAAUAUUACCAAGAUUUGAAUCUUUGGACCGUAGGGGAUGGAAUGACUUUGAUAGUUUGUACAAGUAUUUUUGUUUCACUAAUAACUAUUAUUUCAGAUACAUCAUGGUACGGAAUUAUUUGGACUACAAGACCAAAUCAGAUUAUUGAGCAAGAUUUGAUAAGUACUAGUCAACAAAUUGGAAUUCAUUUAUCAACAGAUUUUUUUCUUCCAUUUGAACUAAUUUUAAUAAUUCUUUUAGUUUCUUUGAUAGGUGCAAUUGCCGUAGCUCGUUAG